GACAGGAGGAAUGCUGAGUGUCAAGGGGUCAGGAUCAAUCCGGUGCGAGUUGAUGAGGCAGGAAGGUGGGGAGGAAUGUGAGGAAUGUCGCUGUUUGUGUAGGACUCCAUUCAGCCGAUUGGCGAGCCCGGGGCGCCUGGAGUGUAUAAAAGCGGCCAGGCUCCCUGCUUCAGAUCCAGAGAACAACUCUCCUGCCAGAGAGACGGGACCUUCGCGAGACAAGGCGCUCGGACAGCAGGCGGGGAACCCAGCCCGACACCGAAGCCCCCCGGCUCAGACUCCCUCCUCCCGCAGCACAGACACACAAGCCGAGGAGCCUUUGCACCGUCUAUUGCCGCUGCCGAGCAUGGCCGCACUAAUGGGACCCAGCAGCUUCGCCGUGGCGCUGCUUGUAGCUCUCCUCUGCUGGGAGGUGUCCGGCCAGGACUGCAGCGGGCAGUGCCAGUGCGGGGCGGGGCCGCCCCCCACGUGCCCGGCUGGGGUGAGCCUGGUGCAGGACGGCUGCGGCUGCUGCAGGGUGUGCGCCAAGCAGCUGGGCGAGCUGUGCACCGAGCGGGACCCCUGCGACCACCACAAGGGGCUCUUCUGCGACUUCGGCUCGCCGGCCAACCGCAGGAUCGGCGUGUGCACCGCUCGGGAUGGCGCCCCUUGUGUGUUCGGAGGGAUGGUGUACAGGAGUGGGGAGUCCUUCCAGAGCAGCUGCAAAUACCAGUGUACUUGCCUCGACGGGGCAGUGGGGUGUGUGCCCCUGUGCAGCAUGGAUGUCCGGCUGCCCAGCCCUGACUGCCCUUCCCCACGAAGAAUUAAGCUCCCUGGGAAGUGCUGCGAGGAAUGGGUGUGCGAUGAGCUCCGAGAACAGACAGCGGUUGGACCUGCUCUAGCUGCUUACAGACCAGAAGACACUUAUGGACCUGACCAGGCAAUGAUGAUGCGUGCCAACUGCCUGGUCCAGACCACAGAAUGGAGUGCUUGCUCUAAGACCUGUGGAAUGGGCAUCUCCACCAGAGUCACCAAUGACAAUGCCGUCUGCAGACUGGAGAAGCAAAGCAGACUCUGCAUGGUCAGACCUUGCGAGGCAGACUUGGAGGAAAACAUCAAGAAAGGCAAAAAGUGUAUUCGCACCCCCAAAAUCUCCAAGCCCAUCAAGUUUGAGCUCUCUGGCUGUACCAGUGUGAAGACCUAUCGAGCUAAAUUCUGUGGGGUCUGCACUGAUGGACGUUGCUGCACCCCCCACAGAACAGCCACUCUUUCUGUGGAGUUCAAAUGCCCUGACGGUGAGGUCAUGAAGAGGAGAAUGAUGUUCAUCAAGACCUGUGCAUGCCACUACAACUGCCCUGGAGACAAUGACAUUUUUGAGUCUCUGUACUACAGAAAGAUGUAUGGAGACAUGGCAUAAAGCAGGAGACACUAGGCUCUCAACUUGACCUGAUUGGCAUCUCAUUUUGUAAACAUGAUUCAAUAGCACAGAGUAUUUAAAUCUGUUUUCAAAAAGUUCAGACUGUUCCAUGUGACUAAGACAAAUUGUCUUCUGACCCCAAACAUUGGUUUGAAGAAGAAAGUAAAAUGCCUCAUGGGACCACAGCAAAGCACAGCUUCAGAGGACACUGUUCAUGGAGUGGUGUUUAGGGAGCACUAGGGGGCAUAUGCAGGAAGAUCAAUGGUUUCCUUAGUAUGGUAACGUGUUCCACCUAGUAGUGCAAUUGAAGAAGAGAUCCUUAGCAUGUGUGCUGACAUUGGCUGAGUGACAGCAAUGGCUGUAAUGUAAAUCAUUACCCAGCAAGGUGCUAAGUAAAAUGUGUUCUGUUGGUCAGGACUGUUAUGUUUCAGCUUUGACACUGAUUCAAAUGACUUGUUCAAGAAGAAUCAGAAUCACGUCUAUUUGACUGGACAGCUUGUGGCAGUUAGUUUGCCUGUAACAAGCUAGAUUUUUAUUAAUAUUGUAAAUACUGUGUAUAUAUAUGUACAGUUAUCUAAAUUAAUUUAAAGUUUUGUGCCUUUGUUAAUGCUUUGAUACUUUAAUGUUAGCUUUUGUUUGUUUUGAAAGAAAUAGGUAGAACGUAAAGCUUGUCUGUCAAUGCAUUCAAAGCAUGAAAUAGAUCUUCUAAUGGAAAAUGUUCAGUUAGGGUGACAAGUGAAUCGAAAUCAAGACAGAGAUUGUUUGCUAAAGAUGAGGUGCUUGCAUCCUUGGAAAACAUCCAUUUAUGUGGUAAAAAUAUGGUUGCCUCAGCUUUAGUGAACAAAUGGCUUUAAGUAAAAUGAAUGGCUCUCUUGUAGCUGAUCAGUUUUUCCACCUGGGAGCAUUUGUUUCUUUCUUUGACCGUGGCUGUUCUUUGAACAGUUUGUUUGUUGAGAAGUGUGACCAAAAGUUACAUGUUUGCACCUUUCUAGCUGAAAAUAAAGUAUUAUAUUUUU